AAUGGUCCAAUAGCUGCGCAGAGAUUUGUGUUUUUGAACAAGACGCGGUUGACGGAGGAUUCAUCGAUAUAUUUGAGAUUCUGUCAUCUUUUGUUUUAUUAUUAUUGGUCGAAGUUUUUUAACAUAUGAAAGUUGCAUGAAGAGUUUCUGAGACCACCAGAGAGGGAUCUCUUCCAACAUGUCCGGUUCCAGUCGGGAAGGACUAUCAUCCAGCAGAUACGGAGAGCGUACCCCUCUCAGGAUCUUGAACAAUGAGAUCCUGAAAACUCCAUCAUGGAGGCUCCAGUCAAAAUCUCAGCUCAGUGGUGACACGGAGAAAAUGACAAUGGUUGGCCUUCCUCUCUGUGACCUGGAGCCCCAUUUGCAAUCUUCUUUUUCCAAAAUGACACAAACCAGUUCUCCUCCUACUGGACUUGGAGACAUGACAUUUAAAUCUUUUGUUUGUGCUGGUGGUGAGGUUGAGGUCGCGGGAUCUUCUGUGUGUGUAGAAGAAGACACGACUGUUCAUUUGCACGCAGCUGCAUGUUCGAGUGAAUCAGAAGAUCCGGUCAUGUCCCAGAGCGUGGCCGAUCAGUCGUGCUCUGAUCACGUUGAACAUCCUUAUUACAACCGUAAUGUGGACGAGACCCUUUCAGGCGUGAAUGCGGUUUGCGGCUGGGACACUCCAACCAGCACACUCACCUUUGAAGAUGUGGAAAACAGAAAAGACGUUCAGGUUUUUCAAGCUUGUCAGGCAGAUUUCAUCUGCAAGUCCUUGGUGUGUGAUGGAGGUGAGGUAGAAGUUUCAGAAGACCCCAAACUACAAGAGGAGACCAUUCCUCUGCCUCUGAUGAACUUCAGCUGUUUAUCACAACUCAACAGUACAUAUUCAGCUAACUGCUCUGAUUCCUGCUCCCAGUCAAGACAAAAGGAACACACUGACCAUCCCUAUUGCUUCAUUAAAACUCAUAUCUGCUCUACCUUUUCUGCAACAACAACAGAAAUGGAGUCUGCUGAUGGACAGAGUGGUCUAACUGGUGCCGGUGGUGAGAUUAAGAAUUCAGAGGGUGUGGAACUCGCAGAUGAGACCAUUCCUCUCCCAGUUUCCAGAUGUUACACCGUGGAACCCAGCGUGACAGGUGGUGAUGAGAACUUGCAAAAUGAUCAUAUAGACAACCCCAAAGCCUUAUGUGGCAAUAUUUCUACCAACCAGCAGUCAGUGGAUAGUAACUCUGAAGCUGUGGGAGCAGAACUAAUGAGAUUUGCGACACUUGAAAGACAAGAUCUCACAUCGGAGCGCUGCAUUGUUUCACCUUCGGCUGGAGACGAGAAUCUGGGUGAUAACCAGGUUUUGGAGACGCCAUCCCAUCUACAUCCAGAUCAGGAUGGGAACCAUCCCCCGAUUGAUGAUGCUGUGCUUGCUUCUCUUUCACAGAAUCACUCUGAGCCAGCUGAUAACAGUCUGACUGAUUUGCCAGGUGACAGCAGACCAUCACUGAUUAACACAUCUUUAAAAGCCGAGGAUGAAGAUACUGUUAAACAUCAGGUACAGAACAGCUGUACAAAACACCCUGGGGAUGAUGCGUUGCCUUCAGUGAUACUUAGAACUGUAAAUCUCCAACCCAGCCAGUUUGCAUCUUCAGCAGAAAGUCCAGUGCAUCAAGAUGUGCAGCAGAUUCUGCGUUAUGUUUCGUUGGUGUGCUCCGGUAGUAAAUCCCCUGAGUCCUGUCAGGAACAGGAUGGUGCUCUCGGCUCGUCGGCUAAGGAUGCUGUUCCUUGUACCUCUACAGCAAAACCACCAGAGGUCCUCCCUGAUGUUUUGAAAGUUCUUUCGGAGUGUCCCUCAGUAGCUUCCGUCUUGCAGUUAGGAAUCCUCAGUCCAAUUGUAAAGAGAGCCUCUUUGAAUGUAUUUAAAGGAAAUGCCAACACCCCUCAAAACAGGUUUGUGUCUAAUGAUUCUGUUUUUGAGGCUGAGAAAAGCUUGAUGGCUCCCGUGAAUGUUGACCUCGCUGGGUUACUGACGGAGCACUUGGAAAGCCCCAUGCCCCGCCCUUUGCUGAACUCCACGACUGUAGGUUCCAACCGUCAGCCAGCCUUGGCCGCCGAUCAGGACGCAGAUCCUGGGAAAAUGUCUGAAGGUGGUCAACGGAUUCCCGAGAGCCAGCUUCAGCAGCAGUUGCGUCAGAUGGCAGAGUUCCUCCUCCUGGCGUCUGGACAGAUUGGAGCUGUGGUUGCUUCUGCUCCACCUCCUGCUGGUCCCGCAGCCCAGCCACACACAGUUACUCCAGCAGCACCCUUCAGUGUCUGCGUGGGCACCAGUCCUGUCAAAGUGAUGGACCGCAGCCUCAGUACAUCUGGCAUAUUUGUGCAGCAGAGCAAAUUCCCUGUGACUGAUUCCUGCGCUGAGACUGACCCUCUUGUCUGGAAUUUUCCUGUGGGGAGCUUGGAGGCCUUACCCAAAGAGGAGCUGGAGCAGAGGCUGAUGUCCAGCAUGAUUAUGGUGGAGGCUCUUGUUCAGCAGCUGGCUGCAGCGAGGGCUCACAGGCCUCCACCUGCAGGUCCUGCACCUUCAGACCUGAGAGAGAAACUGGUGCAGACGGACCACACAGAACUCAGCCAGACCUCGAUGUUCAGAGACCUCUACACCGAGGCUCUGGACAGGAUCAGCCAGCUGGAGCUUGAUGGAAGUUCUCUGCAGAACCUCAUCCAUUCUAUGCAAAACAUCAGGGUUUCCAUGCAGUCUUCUUUGAGCGGCGACGUGGAUGCUGCUCUCUCUAACAUGAAAGAGUGCCGUGAAGUAGUCAUCGAGGACCAUCACAGCCUCGCUUCACACUAUCGGCACAUGGCGUCUCUGUUUGAGAAAUCAAAGGAGAUGCAGACACGAAUGAUGCUGAAGGUGAAAGAUGCUCUUCAUGAGAGGGAGGUCAUGAGGAAUCAGAUGGAAGAGGCCUUCGCAGCUAAGGAGGCAGCCUUCAGUGUGACGGAACAGCUGAGGAGACACUGUGCCUCAGAAAUAUCAGCUUUGGAGAGAAGUGUGGGGUCGCAGCAGGAGCUCUUGGCUGCAUUAAACCAAACAUAUCCAGAGCAGAUUAAAUUAAAAAAGGCUUGUGGUGAAAUUCUGAACUCAGCCUCCAAUCUUUUGUCCCAAACCACGGACGACCACUCCACCUUAAUGAAAGAUCUCUGCGCGGUCAGGAGCCUCCUGCAGAAAACGGCUCCUGUUCUCCUCCGGCUGAAGGAGAAGGCAGCUGCUGCUCUGAGAGAAAGGGACGAGCAUCUUUCUGCUAGAGAACAAGCCAUCGAGGAGCGACAACAGGCAGAAGAAGAAUUGAAGGAAGCUGAUUUGAAUCUUCAAACUGCCAGACAGCAGAUUAGUGAUUUAAAUCUACAGGUGACAAUUCUAUCCUCAGAGAUGGGUGUUCUCCGGCAGAAGCUAACUGAAAAAGAAGAAGCGACCAGUCAGCUGGAGAGGCAGGUGACGGAGAUGUCGGCUACCAUUUCCUCCACCAUGGCCUCUUACACCUUCUUGGAGCAGGCUCUUGAUGCUGAAGUGACGAAAUUGCAGCAAUCCCGAAAAGACGCGCAGCAAGCUAAUGAGAGAGGAAAUCGGUUGAAGGCGUCGCUGGAGGAGUCCGAGCAGCACGUGUGUGAACUGAGUCAGACUCUGGCUCAGAGCCAGGACCAAGUCCAUCAGCUGCAGACCCUCUCUCAGUCUCAGAGUGUCCAGAUUCAGCAGCUCCAGGAUAUUUGUGCAAAACUUAAAGGCGUGCAAGAAAUGAACGAGUUCUUGCAGAUGGAAAACGAGUUGGCGAGGGAGCAAGUGGUUGAAAGUGAACGGCUGCUGAGUGCAAACCUGCAGGCGCUUCGGGAGAGGAACUUCGAGUGUGAGGAUCUUAAAGGAGAAGUUUGUAAACUUCAAGCUGAGAAGAGGAGUUUGCACGAAGAGCUGGAAACCACAAGAUCUGCAGCCGACACCGUUCAGAUGGAGCUUGAAGAAAAGAUGGCUCAGGUCGUCACCGAGGUCACUCUGACACAUCACACGCUGCGACGGCUGACCGACGAGCUGCAUGCUGCUCUCAGUGACCAGAAACGAGACCCACCGAGAGGGAGAGCGACCGAACUGCUGAACAGUGUGGAGCAUCGUCACCCCUCCACUUCCUUUGUUGACAGCAUCAAGGUGGCCUUGACUGACAAAGAGGAGGAUGUCCAAACAGAACCAUCAGCAGCACCAGAUGUUCCUGAUCCAGAGGGUGAAAAUGUGUUCAGUGAAACGAGUGCCUUCACCCGGAUUGCUGUUCAAACUCCCAAAAAAGAUUUAGCUGCAGUCGAGGCUGAUGAAGAGGAGGAGGAGGAGAGCAGCGUGUCUGAGCUGCUCUCUGGCCUCAACAGCACCAUCGCAGAGCUGGUCAGCACCCUGAAGUUGGUGCAACAGCAUAAAGAUGCUCGUCUGCAGGAGCUGCACAACACCAUCUGUAGCCUGCAGGGGGAGCAACACCAGAUUCUGCAACAGAGAGCUCAGGACGAGAAAAUUUUGUCAAAGCUGAUGGUCGACGUUCAAGAGGCCCAGGAAAUUGUUACUAAACACAAGACUGACAACAGUGAGUUACGAAAAGAGUUGGUUGAGCUCCGUUGCGCUCUGCAGCUGGAGAGAGUGGAAUCUCAGUGUCUGAGGGACGAGUUGAGAAAAGCUGGAGGCCGGUCGGCCAACUCGGCCGUUCACAUGGAGGAGAAGAUCCAGCUACUGAGAGAGGUGGAGAGACUGAAGACGGAUCUUCAGGAUGUAGAGCAGGCCAGAGUUAAACUCCUCGAAAGAGCAAAGAGACAUCAAACUAUCCAUCAAACCAACAUGCUGAAAAACGAGAAGGAGAUUCAGGUGUUAAACAAUGUGAUCCAGACAGUCAGAGAGACUCUGCAGUCUAUUCCUGAAGUAGUGAAGGGAUGUGAAGCGCUCCAGCAGCUGACCGAAUCCAUCGGCUGAUGUGUCACAAGUGUUUGAUUUAUUUAUGAGUAAAUGUUCUGUUCUCUUAUUACUAUAUUUGUUAUUUUCUGCAGAAAUUUUUUUUUGAAAUUGUAUUCAUUACCCUUCACAUUAGCUUUUUAAUGAUGUGGGAGCCUUUUUGAGUAGUUUGACAAAUUUUUUCUUUUUGGACAAAUAAAGAAAUAACUCCAGUA